AUGAAGGUCGCUGUUGCCGGAGUUGGAGACGUCGCCAAGUACCUACUGGAGGAGCUCCCAAAGGAGGGCCACCAGGUGGUUGCUAUCACCCGCAGUCGCAAGGACUUCUUGGAAGUCGAUCAGAGAAUCACCGAUUAUUCUGUUUCCAAUCUUCUCGGGCAUCUACAGGAUUGCGACGCUGUCAUCUGCGGGAUCACUGCAGCAGCCCUUGAAUUCACCGAUUCGCACUUAGCUCUUCUAGAAGCCUGCAAGCAGUCUCCCAAGUGCAAACGAUUCAUCCCUUCAGCCUGGGCCGGAAACUACGAGGACGUUCCUGAUCAACCACUCUUUGCCGGAAACCAGCUCGAAGCCAUUCGCGAGGCCCUUCAAAGACAAACAGAUGUUAGUUGGACCUUUGUCUGCCAGGGUUGGAUAGCCGAUUACCUCGUCCCGACUGCCCAGCGCCAUUUUUCCGACAUAGGAGACCUAUGGGUCCAAAACCAUGAGACCAAAGUCUUCACACUUUACGGCAGUGGCAGUCAAAAGGUGGACUUCACUGCCGGCAGAGACACAGCCCGCGCGGUCGCCGUUCUUCUCAAUCACGAUUCCAUCGACUGGGAAGCAUAUACCUGCGUCUCUGGCCAGCAAAUGACGUGGAGGGAGCUUUGGGAAUUCGUGAAGAGUCGAGAGCCUGAUUACGUCGUGGUCAAAAAGUCUCUGGCCCAGAGUAUCAAGCAACUUAUGGCCAACGAAAAUGAAGCCACUGCCACCGCUGCCAUGUACGAGAUCAUGGGGCACUCGGAAGCCCUCGCCUUUGCUGAUGGCAAGGUGCAGCGUCACAGGGAGAAGUACUUUAAGAACUUGAAGUUUCGGACCGUGGCUGAAGUGUACGAUGAUGCCAUACAGAACCGGGGUGUUGUAGUCUAA